UCAAGUCUUCCACCACUCCACCAUUCGGUAUCCACCGAGUGUCGAGUCUUCCACCACUCCACCACUCCAUCGACCACCGACCCACCGGGCAAAGGAGGUAGAGACAAAGAAGCUAGAGUAUGCCGAGUCCACUCUUGCUUCCAGUGCAAAGGAGGUAGAGACAAAGAAGCUAGAGUAUGCUUAG